CCCACAUUAUUGCUCGCUUGCAGGUAGUUAUACCCUAGCUCAUUUGCUUGAAACUGAACGCCAUGACUUCACAGCCCGGAGGAACUAUAGUCACGAGGGUGAUAUUGAGUAUUGUCUCGGCGACGGAACGCACGGUUCUGGGUUGAGCCGAUAUGUAAAUUGUCGGGAAGAAUGCGGCACCAGCUAUGAGAAAGACCGAAUAUAAAGUAGACACUUCCACGUCUGUUCUCCGGCACCGCCUCAUCCACACCUCACCAUGCGUCUCCCAUCUCUCCUCUCCCUGUUCUUCGCGACUACUGCCCUCGCGGCACUGCCCUACAAGGGUGUUGACUGGUCCUCUCUUCUCGUAGAGGAGAAAGCCGGAAAGCAAUACAAGAACGCUGCCGGCCAGGUCCAGCCGCUCGAGACCAUCCUGAAGAACACAGGCGUCAACACAGUCCGCCAGCGCAUCUGGGUCAACCCCUCCGAUGGUAACUACAACCUGGACUACAACAUCAAGCUCGCCAAGCGUGCCAAAGCCGCCGGCCUGAAGAUCUACCUCGACUUCCACUACAGCGACAACUGGGCGGAUCCGGGCAAGCAGAUUGUGCCCGCGGCGUGGAAGUCCCUCAACCGCGAGGCCCUCAUCAAGCAGGUCUACGACUACACCAAGAGCGUGCUCAACCGCUUCCAGACCGAGGGCAUUGCGCUCAGCAUCGUGUCCAUCGGUAACGAGAUCACCCCCGGUCUGCUGUGGCCCAUCGGCCAGCUCAGCAACUCCGAUGGCCCCAAGAACGUCGCCGCGCUGCUGAAGAGCGCCUCCAAGGCCGUCAAGGAGAGCAGCCUGAGCUCCAAGCCCAAGAUCAUGAUCCACCUCGACAACGGCUUCUACUGGGGCACCCAGGAAUGGUGGUACGACCUCGUCCUCGGGUCCGGCGGCGGACUCUCGCUCUCCGACUUCGACAUCCAGGGCGUUUCCUACUACCCCUUCUACAACGCCGACGCCAACCUGGGCAACAUCGCGUACAGCCUGACGCAAAUGGCCGCCAAGUACGGCAAGGAAGUGCAAGUCGUCGAGACCAACUGGCCGUCGUCGUGCCCGAACCCCAAGUUCCCCUUCCCGGCGGACACAAAGAGCAUCCCCAUCAGCGCCGCCGGCCAGUAUGUCUGGAUGCAGGAGGUUGCGAAGCGCGUGGCUGCCGUGCCCGGUGGUAAGGGUACUGGUCUCUUCUACUGGGAGCCGAUGUGGAUUGACAAUGCUGGGCUGGGAAGCAGCUGCGACUGGAACCUGAUGGUGCAGACGAACGGGCAGGUCAUGGAGGGUAUGGGCGCGUUCAAGGUCAUCUAAAUGAUGAGGACGUGCUGUUCGAUUCGUGUAAAUACUUGGUUGCUGAGCCUGUCAGGAUACCACUGCAG